UUGGGAAGUGUUUAUUUUGCAAGUCAGAUUUGUUCUCAGAGAAAUCUUUAUUCAGUUUCAUUUCUUAUGUCUCUCAAUGGCGCUUGAGGAUGAGCUGUCUUGUCCUGUGUGCACUGAACUCUUCAGAGAUCCGGUGUUAUUGAGCUGUGGACACAGUUUCUGCCGGCAGUGCAUUAAUGCUCACUGGACCUCCAGCAGCUCCAGAAACUGUCCCGUCUGUAGACAGGUGUCUCCGCAGGAACCGGUGUCCAACCUGAGCCUGAGGAACACCUGUGAGUCUUACCUGAGAGAGAAAAACAAGAAGGAGGAGAAGGACGGAGAACACGAGUGUCUGAUACAUGGAGAGAAAAUCGAGCUGUUCUGUCAAACUGAUGAAGAGGCUAUAUGUGCAACGUGUAAGGAACAUGAGCACAGAUGGCACCAAACGCAAAAGCUACAGCAGGCCGUGCGACAACGCAAGGGGAAGCUGAAGGCAGCUCUUCGUUCAGCUGAGAAGUCUUUGGUCUCAUUAAAGAAAGGUACAGCACGGGACCCCAAAAUCUCCAGGUACAUUCAGGUUGAGACACUGCAUCAGUUCCUCAGAAAAGAGGAGGAGAGCAGGAUAGCGGCUCUAAAUGAAGAGGAGAAAGAAAAGAGAGGGAAGAUGGAAAGAAUAAUACAAGGAGGAAUACUGUCUCUCUCUGACAGAGUCAAAGAACUGGAAGAAGGAAUCGAGGAUGAUGACAUCACCUUUCUGCAGAAUUAUCAUGGAAUUAUGGACAGGACUGACUACACACUGCCAGAUCAGGAGCUGAGUUCAGAAACUCUUAUCGAUGUUCCCAAACAUCUGGGCAACUUGAAAUACCAAGCUUGGGAGAAGAUGAAGGACAUCUGCUCUUACUACCCUGUGAUCCUGAAUUCAAACGCUGCUCCACCAGACAUCUCUGUGUCAGAUGACCUGACCUCUGUGACCUCAUGUGUUCAUCAGCAGGACGAGCCCAACCCUCUUCAUCUGCACAGGAACCGUAUGGUGCUGGGCAGUGUGGGAUACGCUGAUGGAGUUCACGCGUGGGACAUUGAGGUGGGAGACAGUCACCACUGGAGUCUUGGAGUGUGUUUUGGAUUGGAGGGAAAACCUACUACACAACCUUUGACCCCUGAAAACGGCUUCUGGGGUCUCAGACGUGACGGAGACUCGUACGAAUUGAUGACCGCUGGGAUGUCGAGAUUAAAUACCAGUUUAAAUCCAGUGGUAGUGAGAGUAAAGCUUGUGUAUUGUUAUGAGUGUCUUCAAGACACGAUGCAGCUGAAACGCUGGAGGAAGGUGAGCUUUUCUGAUCCUAGCAGCGAUUCAUUAAUUGCAGAAUUUGCUAGAGUGCCACUGGAGAAGAAACUCUUUCCCUUUGUGAUCCCAGAAGAUCAGGCCGUCCCGCUGCGUUUCGUCCCAGCUAACGUUACUCUAACUGUUGAACAGAAAAUAUCAUUGCUGGAGAGAAAUCGAGUCCCUUUUCUCUUUGUCUGUUUUGGUUUUUUCAUGUUUAUAUUGAUGACUCUGUUAGGAAAGAGUGACCAACAGGGCAGGUGAAAAGUAAAUGGCGGUCCAUUUACAAAGGUCUGUUAUAAUAAUUCAGUCAGCUAAAAAUUCAGCUAAACAAGACCUCUCAGCAAAACCAAAAGAUCUAGCAUUACUGCACUAUAAUGUGAAUAUAACCAUUUCUUGUUACUGAUCUGCUUCUUUUUACUGCUCUGGUUUAUCAUUGUAGUAGAAUGAUUGGAAAUACAUGCCUCUAUAUACAUUUCUGCA